UUGCACGUCCCUUGUGGCAGGAAAUAUUCUGUGUGUCUAUUGUUUGGUUGGGAGAGAGGGUAGGGACAGAAGAUGGGAACUCAACAGUUCUAUAAUCGUUGGUUUUAUUUUGUUUUGUUUUUAAGAAUAAUCUAAUCAUAGACAGAAUGAAGAGGGAGAGGCCAGUGGCAGGGAGACUGGUGAGCAGCUGAGUGCCACAGCAUAGAAGAAUCAUGAGUCUUCUCCAGGUGUCCCCCAGCUUCCCCGGGGGUGGGGGAGCACACAGCCACAAUCCACUUCCCAGUCUCACCACAGAGCAUCCAAAGAAACUAACGCUCUCCAUUCACCUCUCCUCACAGGCUGCAGAACUUCCACAUCCACAUCAGUUGGCAAAGCCCUUUGGGAAUCACAAUGAUUUUUUUCCGAUACCAGCCAUUCAGAUUCAUCUGGCUUGCCAAGCCGGCUGGCCGGUACCUUCACAAAGAUCACCAGCUUUGGUCGCCUCUGACUCUUGCUGACUUUGAAGCCAUAAAUCGCUGUGAGAAGUCACUGCCUAAGAACUUUAACUUUGCUGGGGAUGUGCUGGACCAGUGGUCCCAAAAGGAGAAGGCAGGAGAGAGACCAGCCAACCCAGCCCUGUGGUGGGUGAAUGGCAAAGGGGACGAGGUGAAAUGGAGCUUUGAAGAACUGGGCUCCUUGUCCCGAAAGGCUGCCAAUGUGCUCACCGACCCCUGUGGCCUGAAGAGGGGAGACCGAGUGGCCGUCAUUCUGCCUCGUAUCCCAGAGUGGUGGCUUGUAAACGUGGCUUGUAUGCGGACAGGGCUGGUCUUCAUGCCAGGAACAACCCAGCUGAGAGCAAAAGAUAUUCUUUAUCGGCUGCAAGCAUCCGAGGCCAAGUGUAUUGUGGCGAGUGAAGAGGUGGUCCCGGCAGUGGAGUCCAUCAUCUCUGAAUGUCCUGACUUGAAGAGCAAACUCCUGGUGUCUCCACACAGCCAGAGUGGGUGGCUCAGCUUCCAGGAAUUAUUUCAGUGA